AUGGCGCCCGUCUUCUCCUACGAGCCGUUGCCGGCAAGAUUCAUUCGCGUGAUCAAACUCUUACCCGCUAGUAGGCCCACGGACGCAUUGAGAUGCAGCGUCAAGCAUGCCGAUCUGGACCGGGUCGCAGCCCAGCCGUACGAAACCCUUUCCUACGUCUGGGGCGAGCCGACUCGGCGGUGGCCGCUGGACUGCAACGGCAAAGAGCUCCUGGUAACCAAGAAUUGCCACGAGGCCCUCGUCAACUUGCGGUCACGCUUUUUCCCCAGGACGCUCUGGAUUGACGCCAUAUGUAUCAACCAGGCCGGGACGGAUGAAGCCACCGCAGAACGCAAUGGCCAGGUUGCCAUGAUGGGUGAGAUAUAUCUGAAAGCCACACGCGUUUUGAUAUGGCUGGGGGCGCCGGCCCAAGAUGCAACCACCUCAUGUCUUGCCAUGUCAGACCAGGGCUCAGGAGCCUUGAAAAUUUGCAAACGCCACUGCAAGAUUGGCGUCGCAACAGGGAUGGCCCCCGAAUAUUGUCGCGUUGAAUAUCCCCUUGAAAACGCCGUCACCCAUCCCCUUCAAUCUGCAGCAUCAAGCCGGCAGAUGGUUCGGCGUGACACAAACAGCGGUCAAUUUGUCCGAAGGGAGGGAAGGUUGAACUGUUAAUAACAAUAAGAAAGAGUCAAAUAUUAGCGAACCGAGAAAACGGCACCAAACUUUGCCAAAUUCCGGG